AGUCGCCGGGAACCCGCCUCCCGAAAGCGGAAGUACGGCCAUAGAAGCUGGCCAGAGACGCGGGCGACUAGAGCGACCCUGCGGGAGGCCGGAGGAAACGCUGGGAGCAGCUGCCGGAGGUGACGGAGCCGCCGCCCCGCCCCUUGCGCUGGAAGACGAGGCUUUCAGGGAGCCGCCACAGUCUGCUCCAGGCUCCAGACAACUUGAAGCCAGAGCCCCGCACCUCGGUGCAGCCAUGAGUGCGGAGGUGAAGGUGACAGGGCAGAACCAGGAGCAGUUUCUGCUCCUGGCCAAGUCGGCCAAGGGGGCAGCGCUGGCCACACUCAUCCAUCAGGUGCUGGAGGCUCCUGGUGUCUACGUGUUUGGGGAACUGCUGGAUAUGCCCAAUGUUAGAGAGUUGGCAGAGAGCGACUUUGCCUCCACCUUCCGGCUGCUGACAGUGUUUGCCUAUGGGACCUAUGCUGACUACUUAGCUGAAGCCAGGAAUCUUCCCCCACUUACCGAGGCUCAGAAGAAUAAGCUUCGACAUCUCUCAGUUGUCACUCUGGCUGCCAAAGUCAAGUGCAUCCCAUAUGCAGUGUUGCUUGAGGCUCUUGCCCUUCGGAAUGUGCGCCAACUGGAAGACCUUGUGAUUGAGGCUGUGUAUGCUGAUGUCCUUCGUGGCUCCCUGGAUCAGCGCAAUCAGCGGCUAGAGGUUGACUACAGUAUUGGGCGGGACAUCCAGCGCCAGGACCUCAGUGCCAUUGCCAGAACCCUGCAGGAGUGGUGCGUGGGCUGUGAGGUUGUGCUGUCCGGCAUUGAGGAGCAAGUCAGCCGUGCGAACCAGCACAAGGAGCAGCAGCUGGGCCUGAAGCAGCAGAUCGAGAGUGAGGUUGCCAACCUUAAAAAAACCAUUAAAGUUACAACAGCAGCAGCAGCUGCGGCCACUUCACAGGAUCCUGAGCAGCACCUGACAGAGCUGAGAGAACCAGCUCCUGGCACCAACCAGCGCCAGCCCAGCAAGAAAGCCUCAAAGGGCAAGGGGGAGAAGACUAAUCCCCAGCCCCUCUAAAGCCGAGUGCUGGAAAGUGAAAGGAACCAGAUACUGUUUGCAGACUCCUGGCUAGCAGCCGGGAGGCAGACCCUGGGCAGGUUGCUCCUACCUCAGCCCAUGCUCAGAAGUAAUGGGCGCCUACUGAGCACCACCAUGUCCUAACAGUGGAGCUGAGGACUGACCGCCACUGUCCCUACGCCCAAGGACCCGCAGUGUAGGUACUGAGCACCACCAUGCCCUAACAGUGAGGCUGCAGACUGACCACCACUGUCCCUAUGCUCAUGGACCUGCACUGCAGUCUGUUCCUUUCACCUCAGAAUCACAAGGGGAGGUGUUGGUAGUGAACUUGAAUUUUCACAUUGAAAACACAUAAAACUAUUAGCUUUGUUGGUCUUUGGCCCUUUUAUUUCCCAAGAAGUACGGCAGGAGGUCGGCCUAGAAGCGCUGCUUGCUUCCUAGAGGUGGGGGUGCAGUUGAAGGUGGGCGGUCGAACCCUCACUGGAGUGUGAAGUGCUGUCUUUGAAGGGCCUAGUGGGUCUAGGUAACUGGGUCUGUGCUGUUCUCUAGCUGGGGAUUUAGAAUGAAUUUCCUUUUUUUUUUUUUGCUGUUUUGGACAGCAUCUCUGUAUGUAACCCUGGCUGUCCUGGAACUCCUGUGUUGCGCAAGCUGGCCUAGACUCACAGAGAUCCACCUGCCUCCGUCCCCAGAAUGCUAAGAAUAAAGACAGGUGUCAUCCUGUCUGACUACAGACAAAUUGCUCUUACUGCUUAAACUAGCAGUCGCUGGGCCGGACAGUAGGGGCAAAGUCCUUUUGCUUUUUGUUUGUUUAGGGGUAGUUAUUGUUGAGACAAGUCUUGUGCAUUUCAGGCUAGCCUUGAACGGCCUUGAAUUUAGGGUCCUCCUGCCUCCAGCUGAGUGCUGGGAUUCCGUGUGUUCACCACUCUCGGUUUCUCAGCUUCGCCCUAGAUAAGCAAGCUGCUUGACCCUCUUGCUUCUGAAAUAAACCUUUUUUGUCCCAGA